GAUCGUAAAUACGAGUUUCCUAGGCAUAAAAUUGCACAUAAAUGCCCUCUCAUGUCGAAACUUGAAUGCGAUAAGUGGUAAUCACGACUUCAGAAGUGGGAAUUAUCAAAUUUCCUAUAUAGCAGCAUAAACACACCAUAUAGAACUGUGCUGAGAUCAAACAGAUCAAAAUGUAGGUCUUUAUUAUUUUAUCUGGUUCACAAACACUUGGAGUGUUUAAUGCUGCCUUGACGUGCUAUCGGAAUUAUCGUAAAUACGAGUUUCCUAGUCGGAAAUUGAACGAGAACGCCUUUUCAAGUCGUAUUUAAAGGACCGAACAGGCCCUAGUAAGUAAAUUAUUACAUUUACAGUUUAGAUGAAUGCAUCAGUGUCCAGAUGUAUUGACAGACAUGGUACAAAACAACAAUACAGCUGUCAAACUAUUAAAGCAACGGAGUGUUACUGCAUGCAAUGUUUUUUUUUUACAUGUAACACUUCACAAUUUUUACCUGCUAAUAUCACCUGACCUGUGAUGUAAUUUUGUAGAGGAGAGAGUCUCUGAUAUCACUCAGCGUGUUACUUCAUGUUAAUAAAGAAAAUAAUGUUCACAGCGCAUUUUUCCCAAAUUGUGCUUGAAUUUUAUUCUCACCACAGGAAUGCACGUCAAAACACAUGAGGUCGAAAAAGUGGGAAAACAACAUUUCAAACACAUUUUCAGCAAGAUUAUGUUGUAAGUACUAAAAAAUAAAAAUGUUAGCUUUCACAUAGGCCUAUGAAAAAAAUGAGGGGGGAAAAAACCUAAACCGGGGGUUUGUAUGCCUUUUCAUCUAAAUGCAGUCAUUUAUAAAUUCAUCAUCGUCUAUCAUUACAUCAGUCUGAAAUAACAGGUGAGGAAUAAAAGUUAGUACUCAUGUAUCACCCUUGAGGUUUAAUAAUUGAGAGAGUAAAGAAUUAAUAAUUGAUCAAGUAAAGGUGCGCAUAUGAGAGCUCUGCUCGACGGAAAAACAUACGUGCGCACACAGUCUGUCCAAUCAGAAGCUUAGAUUUCGACACUUCCGUGAGCGCUGACCAAUCAGAGCGAAAAUACCCUUAACUUCCUGCUUUAGGUCUCUGAGCCCUUAGAAUAAUGCUGGGAAUAAUAAUAAACGGAUGGCUGAUGUUUGUAACGCACGGGAUAGAUGAAGACUCACUGCACAGGCAUUAGACUACACAGAGGGGCCGAUGAUGGCCGGGUCGCUGCUGUGGGCAGUGGAUGUGUACGGGCGGGUGUUCAGUCUGUCGGCCGCUAGAGGGCGCUGGAGGCUCGCUGCCGAUAUAGUGCUAGAGCUGAAGCGCGUGACGGGCUCUCAACAGUGCUGCUGGGGCAUUGGAUGCGACCAUCACGUUUAUCUCAAUGUGUAUCCCAGUCGUGUGCCUAUACGCCACCAGGAAGAGACUUAUGAAAACCAGAGAUGGAACCCAGUUGACGGUUACACAGACACACUCCUCCCGACAGACCGCUGGCAGUGGACAGAUGAGUCCGGCUCCAACCCACAGCCUCUUCACAGCUUUGAGCUGCCUUCUGCUAACUGGGAGUGGGAGGGCGACUGGUACGUGGAUGAUGAAAGCUGUGGGAGAGAAUCCACUGAGACUGGAGGGUGGGAGUAUGCAGUGGACUUCCCCGCCACCUUCACCAAAGAGAAGAAGUGGAAUUCAUGUGUCCGUCGCAGGCGAUGGCUUCGCUACAGGAGGUAUAAAGUGCUGGGAUCAUGGGCCAAGGUGCCUUUGGACCGGGGCAGACCUCCACCAGAGCCCUUCACUGACAUCAGCUGUGGAGGCUGGGACAUGAGUGACAGCCCUGAGAAGCACAUUUACCUGUGGGCCGUGUCCCAACAAGGGAAGCUGUGGUUCCGCUCAGGCAUCGGGCAGCAGAACCCGGAGGGGACGCGCUGGGACGCCAUCCAGGUGCCCAGAGAGGUGGCACAGGUCAGCGCCGGGCCGAAAGACCUGCUUUGGGCCGUUCUCUGGGAUGGACAACUGCUGGUCAGGACAGGCAUCAGUAAAGACUGCCCUAAAGGCUCAUCGUGGGAUCUAGUUGAGUCUCCAAAUCAGAAAGGAGCUGUUCAUGUUGCAGUGGGCAUCGGUGUCGUUUGGGCCGUUACUAAGGACAACAAAGUCUGGUUCAGACGAGGUGUGAAUUCCCACAAUCCCACUGGCUCAGGCUGGAUCAGCAUUGGUGGAGAGAUGGUGAUGCUCAGCGUGGGGCCCAAUGACCAGGUAUGGGGUGUUGGCAGCGAUGAUCGGACUGUGUAUUUUCGUCAUGGCGUGACAGGCACAGAGGUCACCGGAAGGUCAUGGGUGGCAGUGUCAGCCCAGCUUGAUGGCAGUGAAAGCACAAAUCAUUCCAGUGUCCCUUCGCACAGUGAUGCCAGUGUGUUCGGUGGUGAGGUCACCGCUCCUUCCCAGGGUUCCGUUCUGAGCUGUGACGACACGGACAUUCUGAAGCCACGUGUCCCGAAGAUCACGAGUGACAGCUUUAUCUCUGCGCUGGUGUCCGAUCGCUCCACUCCAAUGCACGACCGGCCCUCUGCAGUGCACCCCAGUGUACCUGAGGGAAACCAGGUGACCGGCCAAGAGUCCGAUUCCUCUGUCCUGACCCCGACACUUCCGAGUAGCCCAUCUGAUGGUGGCGACACACCAUGGAGCAAUGUAGACCUGGAGGAGAUGAAGGGCUCUGUUCCCAGCAGCGCUCGGAGCUCGGUGGCCACGUACCCCAUCGAGUUGCAGCAGAACACGGUAGUGCAAGAGGAAACGCCGCCCUGGGCCUGGGUAACCGGUGGAGGAUGUGACAUCCAUUCCAGCUCACAUGUCGACUGGUUUAACACCUCAGAUACCGGGCCGCUCUCUCCACCCAUCACACCUGCCCUCGGUGCUGUAGACACAGACGCUCGCGCAAAACGAGGCCAACAAGACGCCUCCAUAGAGAAGUCUGUGCGUGUGACGAGAGGUCGUAUGUGUUGGUGGAGGGACUGGCCGCCACAUCAGUGGGAGGAUGUCAGCGUGACGCUGGAGCAGGUCACCGGGGCCGGAGCUCAGACAGGAGACAUACUUUACCUAUACUUCACUCACGGCCUGGAGAAGAAGUAUCUGUAUGCUGUGAUAAAGGAGGUGACGGCCCUGGUGCCCGUGCUCAGGGACUCUCUGUACGCUAUGGCUGUUUACACAGCAGAGCGGACCAGACAGAGAAGCCCCAUCUUACUGGCAACUCCGUCACAUCAUGACUUCAGUACUUGGCUGUCUUUGUUGAGCGAGUCAUGUUGUGAGUCCAGGGGUCUUGGAGACCGUCCGUCCAAACAGGCACUGUGGGCUGUGACAUGUAAAGGUGACGUCAUGGUGCAUGAGCCGUCACCCACCCUUGAGGCGCCGGCGCAGUACUUACCCUGCGAUCACAUGUUCUGGCGUCAGGUUCCUGCUCAUCUGCUGUGUGUGGAGUCUAACAGUCUGGGUGUGGUGUGGGGCAUCGGUCACGAUCACACAGCCUGGGUCUACACAGGGGGCGGCAAGGGACCAUCGGCUCAGGGAAAUGAGAUAAGUGAUGUGAGGAAUGUGUACAUCUAUGAGAACCAGCGCUGGAACCCAAUGGCAGGAUACACAGACAAGGGUCUUCCAACAGAUCGUUAUAUGUGGAGCGACGCUUCAGGUCUGAGAGAGUGCACUAAAGACAACACCAGCCCUCCCUCACUGCAAUGGACAUGGGUCUCUGAUUGGGCCAUAGACUACAGUGUCUCGGGAGGGACAGAUAAAGAGGGCUGGCAGUAUGCUGCAGAUUUCCCCGUGACCUUUCACGGUUAUAAGACAAUGAAGUAUUUUGUGCGGCGCAGACGGUGGGCUAGGAAGUGUAAGAUCAGCCUUACUGGCCCCUGGCAAAAGGUUGCUCCGAUCCCUCUGACUGACGUCACCAUCCUGCCGUGUCUGGCUCAGUGCAGCCUGGAGCAGGUUCCUGUGUGGGCCAUCAGUGAGAAGGGAGAUGUGCUGUGCCGUCUGGGAGUCACCGCCGACAACCCAGCUGGCAACUCCUGGCUCCAUGUGGGGACAGACCAGCCCUUCAAGUCCAUUUGCAUAGGAGGAGGCCACCAGGUGUGGGCCAUCGCCAGGGACGGUGCCGUCUUCUACCGGGGCUCUGUGUCUGCCCACAAUCCAGCUGGUGAGUGCUGGUACCACAUCCCAUCUCCUCCGAGGCAGAUGCUUAAACAGGUGUCUGUGGGCAGGACCUCCGUUUAUGCUGUGGAUGAAAACAGUAAUCUGUGGUACAGACAGGGUUUGACACCCAGCUAUCCUCAGGGUUCUGCAUGGGAACUCAUCUCCAGUAAUGUGUGCAAGGUGACUGUUGGACCACUGGACCAGGUUUGGAUAAUUGCUGAUAAAGUGGCAGGUUAUCCAUUAGAAAGCUCAGGAACUGUAUGCCACAGACUGGGAGUGAAGCCCAUGCAGCCAAAAGGCCUGAGCUGGGACUUUGGUAUUGGGGGCGGCUGGGAGCACCUGUCUGUGAGAGGGAACUCUUUAGAGGCUCAGCGCAUGGCACAGCGCAGUCCAAUGCCCAGUCGGACUCAGAGUCAGGUGAACGGGAAUGCUGUGAGCUGCUAGUCAUUUUGCUCACCCGAUACCAUCAUCAUCAACGUCAUCAUGCUUGACUGCAUGUCCCAGCUUGCUGUUCUUAACACCCUUCCUGUCUCUGUGCCCAGUGCCCUUCCAACCAAAUGUGACUUUUUUUUUUUUUUUUUUUAAUUCUACUUGCCUGAAUAACAAACUUUCACUUCUGUGAAAAUAAGCUUCUGGGUGUGACUGAACUUCUUUUGAUUUCUGUACGUGUUGAAUCACCCGACCCACUGAUAUCACUUUGUUUUGAGCAUGUCACAUUUUCUUGUUUCUGUAAUCUGUAGACACCCAUUUUCUGUUAUUGGUUUGAUUAUAUUAUUUUAAAAUAAUAUAAAUAGUCCACUUACAUAAUCAGAGACAAUGCUCUAUAUGUGGACACAACUUACCUACUGUGUUCUUUCUUUGGACAUGUUUUUUUUCUCCAAUAAAGAUCUGUUAAAAAGCA